AUGGAGGAAAUCCGCCGGGCUGCCCGAACCCUAAAUAGUGUUAGCACCAUCGCCUCUCCCAGCGCAUCAGCCCUGGGGGAAAUUAAAGAAGAAAUCGUGGCCUGUGUCCGCGAGGAGAUGACUGGUUUAAGGAAACUGGUCAACACAGUGAAAAAACCAACCUACGCCCAGGCUGUCUCUGCGGCCAGUGGGGCUUCUACAUCUGUGGGAGGGCCUGCCCCCGCACCGUACCAACUAUCUCAAAGCCUGCCGAACUCCACUUAUGCACCGACUAGGGUUCAACCCGUAUCCAACAACAAACUCCGCGUGGAGUUUGAAAAUGUCUCACAAAGGGAUGACACGCUCACAAGGCUAGAGAAUAGCAAGGAUGUCAAAGCAGAACCCGUGCGUAUGCUUAAACCCAUGGUUAUUCUUAAGGGCAUAUCCAAGGAUGUUCCCUCGGAGGACCUGGUUAAGUUGAUCAGCAAGCAAAACCCUGAGAUAUCCCAUUUGAUUGAGGGUGAGGGUCGUGACGGUGAGGGCCUCCGACUCCGCUUUAAGCGAGGUAAUCGCAAUAGUAAUCUAUAUAACGCGGUGUUCCUGGCAGAGGCCAAGGUAUACCGUAAGAUUCUCGACUUAGGGAGGGUCUGCGUGGAUCACCAGAGAAUAACCGUGGACAGCUUUUCUCCGUUCUUGCAAUGCCACAAGUGCCUUCAGUUCGGACACAUGAGGUCCAAAUGCACCGCCACCGAAAGUCUUUGCUCGCACUGUGCUGGCUCCGACCACCAGGUGGACAAAUGCCCUGUGAAAAAUGAGCCUGGCAGCGUCAAGUGCUAUAAUUGCACUUCUCACAAUGCCAGAUUUAAAUCCAACCAAGACUGCAAACAUACCGCUAAUUCCGAUAAAUGUCCCAGACUGCGAGCCAUGAAAGAUAAAAUAAAUCAAAGAGUCGACUAUGGAUUUGCACCAUAA